AUGGCUGGUCUUCAGGUUGACAAGGACAUCCUAGCUGGGUUCGCCGAAGCCCAACGGGACGAGGUUGAGCUCGAGAAGCAUGAUCUUGCGUCUGCAACGACUUCGUCGCUCCAGCACGAGCUCGACGGCGUUCACGAUGGGCUUGUCUUCCCCACCGAAGAGGAGAAGCACACACUGCGCCGUGUGUCUGACUCCCUCCCUUGGAGCGCGUACUUGAUUGCUUUUGUUGAGUUGGCGGAGCGUUUCUCGUUUUACGGAGCGAGUGUCGUCUAUACCAACUUCGUACAACAACCGCUGCCACCCGGAUCGAGGACUGGCGCUAACAUUAAGCAAGCUGGUGCGCUCGGCCUUGGUCAACGUGCUUCCACUGGCAUCGGUACCUUCAAUACUUUCUGGGUGUACGUUGUUCCACUGUUCGGUGGCUACCUUGCCGAUACAAAAUGGGGACGCUACAAGACCGUCUGCAUCUGCGUCGGGGUCGCGCUGAUCGGUCACAUACUACUCAUCAUUUCCUCUGUCCCCGGUGUCAUCGAGCAUUCGCAUGGUGCUUUGGGAUGCUUCAUCAUUGCAGUCAUCAUCAUAGGCCUGGGAACAGGUGGAUUCAAGGCUAAUAUCUCUCCCCUUGUCGCCGAACAGUACAAGAGGUCAAAGCUCUUCAUCAGGGAGACCCCCCGCGGUGAACGCGUCAUUGUCGACCCGAUUAUGACCACGUCUCGUAUCUACAUGUACUUCUACCUCUUCACGAACGUUGGCGCCUUGAUAGGUCAGAUCUCCAUGGCCUACUCCGAGAAGUACGUUGGCUUCUGGCUUUCGUACACUCUCCCCACCAUCAUCUUCCUGUGCUGUCCAUUUGUGCUGUGGGGCGGGUACAGACUCUAUACACGUUCACCACCGCAGGGCUCUGUGCUCUCGAAGUCGCUCCGCGUUUGGCGUCAAGCGAUGAAGGGCCGCUGGUCCACAAACCCGAUACGGCUUGUCAAGAAUAUGAACGUGCCCGACUUCUGGGACUCCGUGAAGCCGAGCCGCUUCGAAGGCGAGAGCAGGCCCUCGUGGAUGACGUUUGAUGAUCAGUGGGUCGACGAGGUCAAGCGCGGUUUCAAGGCGUGCUACGUCUUCUGCUGGUUCCCGAUCUACUGGCUUUCGUACAAUCAGAUCAACAAUAACUUGGUCUCCCAAGCCGCCACGAUGGUUACUAACGGUCUGCCAAACGACGUCCUCUCUAAUCUCGACCCCUUCGCCCUCAUAAUCUUUAUCCCCAUCUGCGACAUCAUCAUCUAUCCCGCCCUCCGCCGAGCAGGGAUCAACUUCACACCCUUGAAGAAAAUCACAUUCGGCUUCUUCACUGGGUCAGCCGCCAUGAUCUGGGCCGCCGUCGUCCAACAUUACAUCUACAAGCGCAAUCCCUGCGGUUACCACGUCGCAACGUGCCAGGACGCCCACGGGAACCCGAUCACGUCUGAUCUGAACGUCUGGAUCCAGACGGGCUCGUACGUGCUCAUUGCGCUCUCGGAGAUCUUCGCGUCCAUCACCGGUCUCGAGUACGCGUUCACGAAGGCGCCGAAGAACAUGCGCUCGCUCGUCAUGGCCAUCUUCCUGUUCCAGAACGGGAUCAGCGCUGCGCUCGGCGAGGCGUUCGUGUCGCUCUCGGCGGACCCGCUGCUUGUUUGGAACUACGGCUCGAUGGCGGUCCUCGCCGCCGUCGCGGGUGUCAUCUUCUGGUUCCAGUUCCGCCAUCUCGACGCGGCGGAGGACGAGCUCAACCAUCUCGAGGAGAGCCACUACGAGCCGAAGCACUAA